UCUGCAUCCAGCACCGAGCCAUCUUUGGCGUGGAUGAUGGCUUCUUUGGUAGCAACGUCGCUCAUGAUGCUGUUCGUUUCUGCGACCGAGGACAGAGGAGUCGAAUUGCUUGUGGCACCACCCCUGUUUUAUCGAUGAUCAUCCUCAAUGCCGAUGAGUGGUGUGGCCUGAGCCCGUGCUGGGCCCACUCAAGUCUCAAAGAUACGAGCCCCUUGAUAAGUGCGGGGAAGUCGGAUAACCACCCGAUAACAGAAAAGAUAGCUUCUGGCCGGGAUCGCCGGGUUUUGCCGGUCCGUGGCUGGCAGGCUGCAUCAGGUCCCCACCUCGGGCUAUCUUUCCCCGCAUCCUCAUCAAUUCAGACUAAUUCAGGCAAAAUUCCGAUAACCGGUGGGAGGGGUCCAGGGUAUAAGACCCAAUGGAACGAUGUGGCGUCGGAAGACUGACCGACUCACGCCAAUAUGUGGUUGGCUCGGAUCUUCAGCUUGGCCCUGCUGGGGGGUAGCGUCGUGGAGGCGGUUGACUUGAGCCAAGAUGCACAGGAUAUGUUUGAUGAGUCCAUGACCUUUCAGGAUGCUAUUUAUGACCCGGCUGCCUCCUACUUGCACUACUUCUACUAUCCCCUCGCCGCGGGCCCGCACGAGACCCGAUCGACCGUCUGGUAUUCGGCUGGGCUACUCCAACGCAAUGAAGGUAACGACGUCCAAGAGGCCGUCAAUAUCCUGGAGAAAGUCAUUGGCGACCAGGAGAAGAACACCUCGGUACAAUGGUAUGGGGACUACACGGUCUACCCUGAACAGCCUACUGUUGGCACCCCAGCGUACCCCCCGGUGAUCUACAACUCCUGGGAUCCCAACUGGAGAGGGUUCAUCGGCACCGCCUUAAUUGUCAUCUACGAGGAGUAUGCGCAUCUCCUGCCGGGUCAUGUCCAAGACCUGAUCCUCGAAAGCCUGUACAACAACACCGUUGGCGACAGCUAUCGGGUGGGCGGUGUCGACGGCGACAAUCUGUAUCCCGCGUAUUCGAACGCCUGGUUGAUGCGGACGGUUGUCACUUCUUGGACCGGACGCAAAUUCCACAACGCCAACAUGACCGCGGCUGGAGAAGCUGACGCUCGCGAGUUCCUUGCCCUCUUUGAUCGCAACGGCACCUUGUCCGAGUUCAAUGGCCCAACAUAUGCGGGUGUAUCCCUCUACGCUCUCACCAUUGGUGCCAAGUACCUCGGCUCAACCAACUCGACAAUCGGGCAGAACGCGGCCCGUGUAAUCCGGGAGAUCUGGGAGUACGAGUCAUUGCUGUGGAAUGCCAACUUGCGUAACUUUGCAGGACCUUGGGACCGCUCCUAUGGCUAUGAUAUGAACAAGUAUGUGGCCAUCAUGGCGACUUGGGUAUGGUCGUUGGUAGGAAAGGCAACCGUAUUCCACGAGACAUCUCCCAUCUGGACUAUGACACACGCCGAUGAUUUUGAAGUCUCGCCGCUCAUUGCUAUUCUAUCCGAGUUCCACCGGACCCUGCUUCCGGAGUCGAUCCUCUCGCGACUGAUCUCUUUCGAGGGCGAGCACACGUACAGCGGACACGCCUAUGCCCCUCCAGCCGAUCUGGAGCCGCGAAACAUCACCACCUGGCUUUCGGCCAAUCUAACCAUCGGCACGGACUCGUUCAAUCAGAGCGUUGUGGGCGGCUAUUCCGAGGACUCCACGUCGUUCAGCCCGUCCGUCGUUCAGUGGCUCCGUUCCGAUGACUCGGUCGGUUACUUCAACUUGUAUCCCACUGAAACGGCCUUGCAGGCUGAGGUCGCACCAUACGCGCUGAACCUCACCUAUCCUCUUGGAAACGCCUCGAGCACCUUUACAUUUGUGCUAGCAUCAAACCCGCUUGGAGGAAAGCGUGAUAUCACUGGUUUCGACGAUGUGGAUGGCCUCCAGAUUGAGGUGGUAGGCGGGAGUGUUGAUCCUCUGCCAGAGAUCUCAUUCUGUGGACUCGUCGGUGGUUCAUGCGAUAUUAUUCAUGACUUUGAGUUCUGGAAUCUUACCUUUUCCAUGCCGGCGAAUAGUUCGGACGUGCCGAGCAUUCAGUUCAAGUUUGCCCUGUAGGAGACUUCACAUUUGUUGCUUGUACACAUGAAUAGCUACAUGGGAAUAUUGAUCAUCUUUUAUGAUGGCCUUGGUCCUGAUCUACAAAGGCAG